AGCUCACAUGCGCGAACAUUUGAAACGCACAGUUGACAUCCAGAUUUGAUCGCACUGUAUCUCCGUUUUCACCUUCUCGAUGAAUGAUUUGUGCACCAUCGUUACGUCGCUGACCACUUAGUGACUUCAUAGGACACGUGUGAGUCGUUUAUUUGGUAUUCAUCAUCUCAAGAUCAGUAGAAACCAUCGAGCUAAGAGAGUGCUGUCAAAUCUCGACUUAACCGGAAGCACCUCAAUCAAAACAUUUCCCGAUUUAUUAUCGGUGAACUCCGGAGAGUAUCACUGCACAAACCCGUUUACUGAAUUCAACACAUUGCAGUUUACAAUUUACUUGUCAUUGUCUAUGAAGAUAUCGGAAUAUGACAGAAGUAACGGCUUUCGUUGAAGGAUGGGAUUUUGUGCAAACUCUUGGCGAAGGCGCCUAUGGGGAAGUUAAACUGGCAGUAAAUCAGAUGACACAAGAGGCCGUAGCUGUUAAGAUACUAGAUUUAGACAAAGUCGGACAAAAUUAUGAUAAUAUUAGAAAAGAGGUUUGUAUUCAUCGCAUGGUAGAAGAUAAAUCUAUUAUUAAGUUCUAUGGUUCAAGAAAAGAAGGCAAUAUACAGUAUAUCUUCUUAGAGUAUGCCAGCGGUGGUGAACUUUUCGAUAGAAUAGAGCCUGAUCUAGGGAUGGUAGAAAAACAAGCUCACAAGUUUUUCUCCCAGUUAAUAGAUGGUGUUGAUUAUUUACAUUGUAAAGGUGUGACCCAUCGUGACCUCAAACCAGAGAAUCUUCUCUUGGAUGAAUUUGAAAAUCUUAAGAUUACAGACUUUGGUUUAGCUACUGUUUUCCGUCACCAAGGUAAAGAGCGGUUGUUGUCACGUUGUUGUGGAACACCGCCAUACGUAGCACCGGAAGUGUUGAAAAGAAAAGAGUAUCACGCUGAGCCGUCCGAUAUCUGGUCAUGUGGUAUUAUAUUAGUAGCAAUGUUAGCUGGUGAGUUGCCAUGGGACCAGCCAACGUACGACUGUCAGGAAUACUGUGAUUGGUUGGACAAGAAAAUUAAUUUAACUCCGUGGAGCAAAAUAGAUACAAUAGUUCUAGCGUUAUUGCGGAAAUUACUUCAUGAGACGCCUUCAAAGAGAUAUACUAUUGCAAACAUUAGAAAAGACAGAUGGUAUAUCAAGACAUUUCAUACAUCUAAAGUGUUGUCAAGGAUACCCUCCAGUACUACCCAUGAUUCACCUGAUGGUAAACCAAUUAAAAGAAUCUGUACAGGAAAUGACCUUUCACCUGUAGCAUUCAGCAGAAAUGAUGGUAGUAUAGGCAAUAUAUCAAGUUCACAACCAACCUAUCUCAGUACAACUAACUCUACACCAGGUGACAGUGGGUCCAGUAUUGAUGACCUUGUACAAGGCGGCGUCAGCUUCUCACAACCUGUGCAUACGGAUGAUAUGCUGUUAGGCAGCCAGUUACAGUGCACACCGGGUGGAUCACAGACACCAAUGCAGAGACUGGUGAAACGCAUGACUCGCUUCUUCACUAAUUUGAACACAGACAAGUCACUGAAGUCUGUCGUUGGGGUACUUGAAAAGUUAGGGUAUACUUGGAAGAAAAGCACCCCUAGACAGAUUACAGUAACAACCACAGAUAAACGCAAGAAUCAAUUGACAUUUAAAGUUAACUUCAUGGAAAUGGAUGAUAAAGUAAUGGUUGACUUCAGACUUUCACGAGGUGACGGGUUAGAAUUCAAGAGACAGUUUCUGAAGAUCAAAAGAAAGAGUGCAGAGUUCAUCAGCAAAGCACCUCCAUCAUGGCAUGUGUGAAAAACACAAAGAAUCCAAUGUACAGACUUGUGUAAUAGUAUCCAUGGAGAUCAAUAUCAUUGUUUUCAAUAAAAAAGAUAAAUUUCUAGGCAUGGGUCUUAAUUCAUCAGAAGACAGGUAUUGACAUAAAUGUUUAUAAUAUAACAGGAAAACCUUAAAAAAAUAAGUUAAACUUUCAGGUGAAUAAAUCAAACUUGUAAAUGUCCAUAAAACGUAGAGUACAUCCUUAAUCAUUUACAGGUUUUUGUGGCAUUUGUCUAAGUAAAAACCACCUUACAUUUCAUCCUUGUGACUUGUGUUGCAUGGUGUCAUAUGGGUCCCAUGCAACAUA